AUGGCUCACUAUCACGAAUACUUCCUUGCAAAGGCGCGAGUUUAUCGCCAAAAUGUCUUUCUAGCUCUCUCACCACCUUGGUUCAGAUCAUACGAGCGAACAUUCCUAUGGCUAGCUGGCUUCAGGCCCGGUCUUGCCAUUCGUGUGGUGAAAAGUUGUGGGCUCGAGUUUACCUCAGAUCAAGCAGAAAUGUUGGAUAGGUUGAGUGUUGAGACUAAAGAUGGAGAAAAGAUGAUUACAGACAGGCUAGCAGGGUUGGAGCGGCAAGUGGUGGCGCCACCAAUGCUUGUGCUAGUGAGAAUGGUGCGAACGGAGGUGAAUGGGAUGGUUAAUCAAGCGGACACCGCGGUGGAUAGGUUGGCGGAGGAUAUGGAAGUUUUGGUUGAAUGUGCGGAUUAUUUGAGGGGGAAGACCGUGGCUAAGGUGAUGGGAAUACUCACUGCGGCUCAAACGGUGAGGUUCUUGGCCGCUAUGGCGCAACUUCAGCUGAGGAUUCGGCAAUGGAGGCAGCUGAGGGAGGCCGAGGCACGUGGAGACGCUAAUCUUAAUCUUCCCUAA